AAAAAUGUUAGACACUCGUCCAUCUUAUUUCAAUGUUUAAGGGAAUAAGGCUAGCAUUAAUUUGAAUAUCAAAAUGUUUUAAUCACUCAAAGCAAAAGGACAGCUAAUAAAGUCGAAAUCGAAAGAGCCUAUAAGGGGACAAUUAAAAACUUUGAAGAAAUUGGAAGAUAACAUUGAAGAACCCUAAUUGUAAUAAAGAGCUUUAACAACAUAAAAGAAAUUAGCACCAUUGAUAGAGGAACCUUAAUAGAAGAACGAGGACUUCAAUCCUCUGCGAUAUAAUUUGAUUCAAUUAUUGGUUUUGAUGGGAAAAAAAGAAUAUUAUUUUGAUAAAAUAGCGAAGGAUGAUUUAAAACUCAUACGGGUUUCUAUUCAAUCGAAGGAGAAUCCAGAGGAGCACCUCUAAAAAAUUAAAAAAUUUUUAAGCAAUAAAGUUCGUUACAAGUAUAGAAGCACAUUUAAAAUGCUAUGUAUAAAAUUUAUAAUUAUUUGAAAGUGUAAAUUUAGCUUGAAUUAUUAAAAUACACUCCAAAAAAGAAAUCAGUUGCUAUAAAAAAUAGUCAAAGAGAAUUUGAAUAGGAUGAAGAAGAUGAUACGCCUAAAAAGAAAAAAAUAAGUGCUCGAGGUAUUCAAGAUUAUCCCACAUGGAAGAAGAAAAACAAUGUUGCCCCAAACCAGAAGGUAUUUAUAAUUACAAGUGGAUAUCAUGCACUUCGAGACGCAUUACUUGAAAGAAAUUGGGCGGAAAAUGAUGACGCCUAUAGUCCAUUCUUUGAUCUCAAAUGGACUUGUAGUUUGAGAAGUGAUGAUUUUAUGAAUCUCAUGGAAUUCCAAUAAAUUAAUCAUUUCGAUUGCAAUUAAUGUUUAUGCUCGAAAUAUGGAUUGGCCAGAAAUAUCAGAUGCAUCAAUAACUGGGAAUCAUUCUUUCCUAGAUGUUAUGAUCUAGGUGAUUUAGUUGAUUUUUCAGACUUUAUUGAGGAUUUUAAAAUAUCUAAAAUACACAGCAUCUUAUUAGAUUUCGAAUAAAGUUUGCAAACUCAAACUUAGAAUUAAACCAUUUCAGAACCCAAUGAAGAAAUAGAUGAUUAGACUAAUACAUUAAGACCAGAAUUGUACCAAAGCAAUAAUAACAAACUCGAAGAUUAUAACAAUACUCUAAGAAUCAAAGAAGAAAAAUAAUAACCUCUCAAUAUUAAUUAACUAACUUUUAGAUAGAGAUUCAGAAUUAGACUAUGCUUAGUUGUUAUGAAUAGAGUCAACAAGUCCUUAAGUAACAUGGUCAAGAGUAUCCUCAAAGAUGAAUUUCCAUUUAUUCAUCCUGGAGAAUGGAUUGUACUUUUAAAAGAUCCAGAAAAACCUCGUGAAAUCUUAAUCUAGGAUUACAUAGAUUAACAACUAAAGUAAAAUGGGUAUGAAGACUAUGAAGGUGUUUAAUUUCUCCAAAAGUAUGUUCCUUAAAUUAAGGAGUUACUCAAAUUAUUGAGUAAGAAUCCUUAAAACUCUCUUUAAGGGACAAGAAACAUUUGGAUUGUAAAACCUGAGUAUUCCUCUAGAGGAAGAGGCAUUAGAUGUCUAGAUGAUCUAUAUUAAAUUUUGGAUAACGUAAAUAAGGAAACUAUGAAUUAUGUUGCUAUGAAGUAUAUUGAAAACCCUUUGAUUAUUAAAAAUCGUAAAUUUGAUAUAAGGCAAUGGAUAUUAGUAACUGAAUUGGUACCAUUAAAAAUAUAUUUCUAUAAUGAGUGCUAUGUCAGAUUUUCAGCUGAAGAAUUUGAUAUUGAUCAGUUUCAUAAUAGGUUUGCCCAUUUGACCAACAAUGCUAUAGCAAAAUAUUCACAGAAGUUUCAUAAAUCAGAAAUUAAAGGUAAUAUGUGGACUCAAGAUGAUUUUUAAUAGUAUUUAAUAGAAGAGUUUGGUUGGGAUGUUUUCGGUGAAAGAAUACAACCAAAAUUCAAGGAAAUUGUUAUCAAUAGUUUAAGGUGUUGUAGUGAUUAAUUGAAAAAUAGAAAGCGAUCCUUUGAAGUUUAUGGGUAUGAUUUUAUGAUUGAUGAUUAAUUUAAUUCUUGGCUAAUAGAAGUAAAUAUGUCGCCAUCAAGUGAUACAACAACACCAGUCACUGCUUAAAUUAUACCUAAAAUGCUAGAGGACAUCGUCAAAGUUGUUGUGGAUAAUUAAAAUAAAACUAAAAAGAAAAUUGGAGGGUUCUAAUUGAUAUAUAAUAGUGAUACUAAAUUAUUAUGA